AUGGCAACAAGAACGCUACUGAACUAUCAUCUGAACUCGGCUGCAUUAACAUCCUCGUAUAGCACAUAUUCUGAAUAUGUGCCCCUGCAAACUCCCUCUGCUAACAGUAGUGGCUCUGGUGGUAAAAAUGGCAGCUGCCAUUUUAAGGAGGACUUCAAAUACAUCUUAUUGCCUGUGUCAUAUGGAGUGGUGUGUGUGGUGGGCCUAAUUCUCAAUACCACAGCACUUUGGAUGUUUGUUCGUAAAAUGAGGCCAUGGACUGUCAACAUAAUCUUUAUGUUUAACUUGGCCAUUUCAGAUGUCCUUUAUGUGUUAUCUCUGCCACUCCUUGCAUAUUACUAUGCCAAUCAUAAUCACUGGCCGUUCGGCGUCCUCCUUUGUAAGUUGACCCGCUUCCUCUUUUAUGCCAAUCUGUACUCCAGCAUCCUCUUUCUUACCUGCAUCAGUGUCCACAGGUACUUGGGUGUGUGCUACCCUAUUCAAUCGCUCAGGUGGAUGAAUGUGAAUCGUGCCUGGAUUGUGUGCAUCCUGGUCUGGACAUCCGUCAUAAUCUGCCUUAUUCCCAAUUUAAUCUUUGUCACAACAAGCAGGCGGGGCAAAAGCAUGCUCUGCCAUGACACAACCCGCAGGGAGGACUUCCCACAGUAUGUUUUCUACAGUUCUGCUGUCAUGGUGAUCCUUUUUGUCAUUCCCUUCUUCAUCAUUACCUUCUGUUACAGUGUAAUGACCAGAAGACUCAGGAAAACACACAUAUUUGGUUUCAGGCCAACCCCGUCCAAUGUCAAGAACAAAGCCAUUAAAAUUAUCAUCAUCGUGUUGCUUGUCUUUUUCCUAUGUUUUGUACCUUUCCACAUCACAAGGACAAUAUAUUAUACCUUUAGGGUACUCAAAAAGAACUGCCAUGCACUUAACAUUGUGAACUUCACAUACAAGAUCACAAGGCCCCUGGCCAGCAUCAACAGCUGCAUUGACCCUAUUUUGUAUUUCCUAGCUGGGGACAACUACAGAGGGAAAUUUAUGCAUGCCACAUGGAGAAGAAAGGCUCGUAUUCAAAUGUCUCUGCUGCUGGGAUAAGAAUAUUGACUCUCCAUGUCUAAUCAGUCUAAGUUCCUGCUGAGUGAAAGAACAACACAAAACUGAAGUUGAGUGCUGUAUUCGCCAUUCAAUCAUUAUUGCCUAUAUUUGUAUAGUUGAAAAUGUUGAAAUAAGAUCCUUAUCUUACCCUGAUGUAAAAGUGAUGGAAGAAAGCUUAUCUGUAAAAUACAUGAUAAUGAUUGGUUGAGGCUAAUAUGACUACCAGAAAUUAAUGUCAACACUGUACUUAUCAAAAUAAGCACUCAGAAUAAAUCCCAUAUCCAGGGAAAGCUAUGUGACAGUGGUAGCAUGUAUUUGACCAAAAAUCUUUGAAAGAAAAUAGACACGUAUUUGCCAGAUGUUGUAAAUACUGUAUUCAGCUCAUACUGAAUACAGUAUGACCCUAAGACAUUAGGGUCUUAAAGAUCAUUGCAAUCAGAAAUUUCUGUUGUAGAAGUGCUUGCAAGCAGUGAUGUGAUGAUGAUGAUGAUGAUGUCGACUCAGGCCUGAGAGGCCAGCAUCGGGCAUUCUCAUGCCUUACAAGGUGCGGAACGAAAGACUGUGCGGCACAGUAUUGUCUUUAUUUUACGAGGUCAAGUUGCGAGCUCAACAAUCAACCCAGCACAGAAGGAAAGCGUACUCGGGAGCGGCCUGACUGGUUUAGAACCCGGGAACCUCCGUUCUGGAGUCUGGCACUGAUGUCACUGCGCCACCAGCUGACAGUGAUGUGAGAGGGAUGGCAACUUCUUGUAUGGUCAGAGAAAGAGAAUAAUCUUUAAAAAACUAACUGAAAUAUUUACAAAUAAAAAUGAAGUAAAUAAGUUUUCACAAUUUUUGAGUAUUCGUGAAAUGUUCAAUAUAAAAUAACUAACAUAACUCACUGGUCUGGUAAAAUAAAAUGUGAUCAAAAGCAGAUAGCCAUGGUGAGCAUAUUCAGGGAAAAGCAACUGAUGAUGAAGUCCAAAUUGAUGUUCAAAAUGAAGGCAAUGUUAUUUAAAAGACAUUUGAUCACCAAAGAUAAUCUGAAGGCAGAUUCAGCCAUCAUCAACUCUGUGGAGUAAGUGCUGAGAAUACAACAUCAACGAUUUGCCCAAGACACGGUCCCUCCUGAAUGUGACGUGUGUCACAGAUAGGAUGUGGAAUGCUGUUGGUUACAUGUUG